CAUAAUAUUCGUGAUGAGUGGGUUUUUGGUCUAAAAUUUAUGAGCGGAAACCUCAUGAACAGCACCAAUAACCGGCUAGAAAAUUUCAAUGGAAAGUUAAAAGAAGUCAUUGACUGCAAUAGCUCUUUAGAAAACUUUCUUGAUAAAUUCUAUGUUGUUCUAACAUCAAUGCGCAAUGAAAGAGAUCAUAGGACCAUUUUUCAAAUGCAAAAAGUUUCUGUUGAUGUGUUUGAUCCUAAUUCUGCUGAGGCAGCUUAUAAAAAAGUUUUGACAUUGUAUGCUGCUCGACAUGUUCUAAAACAAAUGAGCUUGUUUAAAGAAAUUAUAUUGUUACCAGGAGAACAUGGCCAGUUCAUAGUAAACAGCCAUGAAGGUAGUCAUAUAGUGACUUCAAAUUUUUGUUCAUGCAUGUUUCGAAAGUCAAUGAACUUACCAUGUCGACACAUAUUUGCUGCUCGCCAGUUGCUUGGGAUAAAUUUAUUCGAUACUGAGUUGUGUUCUGAGAGGUGGACAUUAAAGUACUAUCGUCAACAUCAACGGGCCUUUAGUACCCAAGUCACGGAUGGAAAGCCUGGAGCUGUAGAUUUUCAUGUUGCUCCAAAAGUAAAAGUGCAUUCUCAGCAUGAGAAGUUUAAACUUGCCAUACAGGAGACAUCACUUCUUGCUACCCUUGUAUCUGAGUCCACAGGUCAUACACUUGAACAACGUCUUAGUCUUUUGCGAACUUUAAGUAAAGGUUGGUCAGAUGGAAAGGUAAUGGUACUUAACGAACUUAUUGAAGAAGAUGAUUUAGUAACGUGUGAACAAAUAUCUAAACAAACAGGAAUAUCAUCUCAUACAUCAAUAGCAGCAACAUUAGUUUUUUCUGAUGUUAAUUUAACAACAUUUUCUGCAGUCGGAACAGUUAAUUCAACUUGUUUACCUGUUAGUGUUGAUGUAUCAACCUUACAAGCUGGUAUUUGUUCAACAAGUUCUUCUACUACAGUUAGUGCAUCUAAAAACGUUGCUAGCACAUAUUCAAUAAAUUCAUUGGAAUGUGCAGCACAUGUAAACGAUGAAGUCACUUUAAUAGUUCCAAAAGUACUCAAUAAAGAAAGUAUAUCAGUGUCACAGAUAGGUGCACAAUAUGAAAUUAUAAAUAACAAAUUUUUAUCAGAGCAAGCUGAAAUUGCAGAAAAAGAACCAUAUCAGCAAGAAGAGUUGACAUCUGGGAAGAGUGAUGCAGGUGCAGAUUCUUACUUGGCACAGAUUCACGUGCCUAAACGUGUCAAACACUGUGGGCGUCCUAAAGGUUCUACUUUAACUACUAUUGGUCUACCUAAAAAACGACAACGUCAGUUGCAUGAAGGGCUAGUACCUUUUUUAAAACUUCAUCCGUCUAAAAGACAUGCUAUGAUGCUGGGUUGGUUUUUGAAACCAGAUGAUGUCCAGAAAGCUCUUUCUGGCAUUCUUAUACAGAGUAGUUGUAUAGAAAAAAGAGUGAAUUGUAUUUCUUCAGCUAUUCUUGAUGAAAGUGCUCUAGGAUCUCUUUUGUCUCUGCAAUCAUAUUUUACUGCAGAUGGAUGGAAAGUGCUCAAUGAAAUAAUUGAUGUCAAGUGUCAGCAACGAAUUUGGCCUUGUGCUUUGUGCCAAAAAAGCACUUCCGUGGGCAAUGACAUUGGGGGCUCAAUAGCAUGUGAUUCCUGCCUUUUGUGGUUUCACAAAAAAUGUGUUGGCAAGAAAGAGGGUUGGUUUAUAAAAUCAAAAUACUGGUUUUGUCGUUUUUGUUCAACUGUUUGAUUGGAAAUUAUACAUGCCUUUGUUUUAUUUGGUAUUAAAUGGUUUACUUUAUUGUUGUAUUUUGUGUCUGACACAUUUUAAUAUUUUUACAAACAUUUUUACAAAUAUUUAAAUAGCAAAACUUCUAUGCAGUUUUAAUACUUUUUGGGUU